AGGCCCUGAAAUGAUGAUUCCAGACUUGGUACUGUACAUGAAGAUCUAGGUCAUGAUCUUGACCUGGUGCCUAAAGUGACUCCUAACCCAGCCCUUACCUAUCCUCUUAUCCUUAUAUCCUAAUGCCAAAGCACCCGGAGAUGAGAAUGACCUUGAACUGCAAGUCUGAGUAACAGUUAUUGUCUUGUUAAUGUUGUUUGAUUUUGUUCUUUUGAUUGUCAGUGAAAGGAAUGGAUGUUCUAGGUUUAUGUUAUCCAAUAUUGUGAUAAUGUUGGAAGCACCAUAUAUAAAAGAGGAAAUUAAAUUGUCAAAGAUUUAUUAAGACAAAUUUCAGGGUUAAUUGCCCUUUGCAUAACAAAUAUUAUUUUUGACGUAUUUCCUUGGUAUAGCAUUCCUUGUAUAAUGGCAAUACCAAUAUUAUAAGGAAUUUUAUAGUAAGGGUCACAAAUUGGAUGUUGUCCUUCCAUAUAAUGGUAUGUCCCGUAAUGUAAAUUGUCAUGUAAAAUUUUUCACAUUUAAGAACAUAAAUGAACAACUUUAUAAGUUACAUAAUCUUCUCCAAGUAUGAUUAGAUCAAAGGUAAAAAAUAUCAGCACAUUGAUGAGUAUGACACAUAUGUUGCACAUGGGUCUUUUUCAUCAGUCCUCUCCAAACUAGUUUCAUUUAUCACACCUUGUAUUUAUUAAACCAAUGUUUCCACUCAGUUUAUAUCUACAAAGCCACAUGUCUGCCCUCCAACUUCAAUUAAUUUUUUUUUUUCAGUGGCUGUAGCACUUGCUACCUCCUUAUGCAUCAAAUUCUUUUUACUACCUCUGUGAUAAAACUUUCUAGUAUCCUUACAUUGCUCCUAGUUUUUUGUUUACAAUUACUGUAUCAUAUUCUUCCUGUUCAUGGUAUAAGAAAUUUGUAUCUAUACACAGGUAUCCUUUAUGAUGUAUGUGGUUAUUGUUUAUCCUCAUUUCUUCCUAUUAGGCAACAUAGGCUAAAUUUUUUUUUAUAUAGCUCUGAGGACUGUUUUAUUGCUUAUCACACUUUUCCCAUUUUGCUCACAUGUUAUUUAGGUGCAAGUACCACACCACAAAUGUAUCAAAUUUUUGUCUAAUAUGUAUUGUUAAAAGUAUCUGAAGGCUGUUAUACAGUUUGCCAUAGUAGCAUGUGAGUAUCUCACCACUUCAUUUACAUGAUCUUUGGGUGACAUUCUUUUAUCAUUGAUGACUCUUAAAUUUCUCUCUGAUGCUUUUAUUGCUGUAUCAUACAAGUUACAUUUUUGUUUAUGUAGCUUGUUACUGUUGUUUUUUCCAUUUCCAUUAUAUGGUACAGUAAAUCCUCUUCUAACACACAAAGUGAAAAGCAUGGAAAAAGUAGGGUUGCAUUCCUGAUACCUCCAAAUUUACCAGGCAAGCUUUAUAAAAUAUUUUAUUUCAAAAAAUACUAGUUUAUCUUGCCUUACAUUCUAGUUAUCAUUGCUUAUUGAUAUGGAAGUGUUUGGAGAAGGUUGAUGUGACCCUACUGGGCAGAGGUGGAUGGCUGUGGUUCCUGUGUUGAUGUGUAUGCAGAGUUAGUAGUUGAUGGCUGCACUGGAGUGCUAAAGUACUCUGUUAUGCAUCUUUGGUCUAUUUUACCCUGCAGUACUGAAACAGCUAACAGUAAGAUAUCUGCUGCUGCAGACUCUGCUUCAGAGUUAUGCUUCUAGACAGAUCAGGGUCAUGUUCAUUGAAAAUGUCUACUGAUUUACCAAUAACAUAUCAUGUCUCUCUCUUUACUGUAAAUUAAGCUCCUCCAGCAAUUCUUCUGCAGCUGGUUUUUUGUCAUCCUCUUGUAAGUUUUAGUCAUCUUCAUGUAUAUCUUCAAAGCCCUCGCAUCUGUCUUCAUUGGAGCCACAAUUUCCUGGACCUGACUACUUACUGAGGGGGGAAAACUAGAGAAAUUACUCACCACAAAAGGCCACAAUUAAUCUCAGCAUUCAUUUCUUGUUCAUUAAGGCACUUUAUCCCAUGACACCUUUACAUGUUUAAGUCAAUCUCUGAGUUAUCCAUUGCUGCAGUGAGGUUUUCCAUCACUUUGCUUAUGUAGUUGCUCUCAAAUGUCAUUCCUUGAUUAAAUGGCUUUAUCGGAGAUAUCAUGUUGGGUGGUAAGAAUGUAGCCUUUAUGUACGUAUGGGUCCACAGACUGUAAGGUUGGAGUGUCACUACAAAAAUUAUUAACAAUGAGGAGCCCAUUGAAUGCAAGGUUCCUUCUCAUCAGGUACAUCCUGACUGCAGAAUAAAAUUAUGCUGGAACCAUUCAACAAACAGCCUCAAUUACCUUUACCCCUUGUUAAGCCACCAAAUAACAGACAUACUGGUUUUUGUUUUGAUGUUUUAAAGCAUGGGGAUUUUACAGCACUAAAUUAAUUAUAAUAUGUACUUAAAAAUCAUGUUUCAUUUGUGCAGACAAACUAGGUGAUACAGUGUUUAGCUGCCUUGAAACCAGCUGCAUUUUUUCUUUCAUUCACUUCCAACAUAGCCCUGUUAUCUCAGCAUUAAACAUUUGCUCAGUACCAUAACUCUCCUCAGAAAUAAUUUGUGUAAAUUCAGCAGGGUAACUUAACGUAGCUAUGUGAUCAGCUGAAGCAUUGUUGCCACUAAACUUUGUUAUGAAGCUCUCAAACCAGCCAACACUAAACAUAAUCUGUUGUCAAGCCUCUCCUUCCUUCUCUCACACAGUUUGACAGUUGGAUAGGGCUUCAUGCCUUAUUAUGUGAGCACUAAGGGGGGGGAUGCUUUUUUUUUUUCCUCCACCCCCUACACAUUCAGUAACUUUCCUGUCAUAGUUGUAUUGACAUUAUUUUCAUUGGGUCACAAUCUGCACUUCUCAUUACACAAGUUCACAUUUUCUUUUAAUUAUGCAAAUGGUUAAUUCUCUCAAACCAAAAGGGACAGUCUCUGCAUCACACACAAACCACCUGGGUGCAUAUCUAAAAUUUUCAUUUUUUCAGUACCAUCGGAGAUUCGUGCUUAUUCUUCUUGGCACCCCCAAUCAUUACUAUUAUUUCUCUUGGGUGUCAUGGUUCAUAUCCAAAGAUGAGAUGGGGAUGAUGAAAAUAUCCAAAAUAGUUUGACAAACAGUAUGUGUAAAGUAGACAGUGCUUCCAGAGAGCAGGUGUAGGUGGAGUGGAUGACAGAGGAGAGGAGCAGUGCCUCAAAACACUCAACAUUUAGGUCCAGUUUUGGUUGGGGGGGGGGGGGGAAUUCUAAGGAGCAUAUUACCCAAAUUUUGUGCUGUUCUUUCCACUCUUUACAGCACAUAGUAUCGAGCUUUUAGUUGUCUGAAAUUUUGAUAGAAGUUUUCCAUUGUGUUGAUACAAAAUCACACUGUGAUUUCACUCUGUAAGAGGGUUUACCGUGCUUACUGUUAUUUAAUUCCAUUAUCCCUUAAUCACUCCAUUUACUCAGUUUAUCCAAGUCUCUUAUAGUCAUUUUUAUUACUUAUUUUACUACAUAUUACAAGGAUCUUUGCAUCAUCUAUAAGUAUAUAAACAAAAGUUUUCACUUCUGGAUAGUCAUUUACAGUACAAUUGCAAAAAAAUAUUGGGGCAAGCAUUGCUCUUGGUGGCACCCUGUCUGUGACAUUUUCUCAUGAGGAAUAUUCUUUCCUUAUAAUUGUGUGUAUUUUCCUUUCAGACAAAAUUUUAUCUACUAUAAUAGUUUGGCUUUUAUUCCUCGAAUAUUUUGUAUCUUUCUUAAUUGCAUUCAGCUCAUCCAUUUCUUUCUAAAGUUUAGUUAAAAUUCAAGUGAUUUAUUUUUUAAUUUUGAGUAUAGGAUAGUUAUUUUAAUUUCUAGUUCAUGAGGAAUAUAAUGAAAUGGAACGUAAAAUAUAGUUCUAAAAAAUAUGCAUACUGAAGCAUCUUUUUUAUGUAAGUAUACCAGGAAAAGUAUACGGUAGGGUUAUAAUUGAAAGAAUUAGAGGUAAGACAGAAUGUAGAAUUGCGGAUGAGCAAGGAGGUUUUAGAGUGGGUAGGGGAUGUGUAGAUCAAGUGUUUACAUUGAAGCAUAUAUGUGAACAGUAUUUAGAUGAAGGUAGGGAAGUUUUUAUUGCAUUUAUGGAUUUAGAAAAGGCAUAUGAUAGAGUGGAUAGAGGAGCAAUGUGGCAGAUGUUGCAAGUACAGUGAACCCCCGCAUAACGAUCACCUCCGAAUGCGACCAAUUAUGUAAGUGUAUUUAUGUAAGUGCAUUUGUACAUGUAUGUUUGGGGAUCUGAAAUGGACUAAUCUACUUCACAAUAUUCCUUAUGGGAACAAAUUCGGAUAGUACUGGCACCUGAACAUACUUCUGGAGUGAAAAAAUAUCGUUAACCGGGGGUCCACUGUAUAUGGAAUAGGUGGUAAGUUACUAAAUGCUGUUAAGAGUUUUUAUGAGGAUAGUGAGGCUCAGGUUAGGGUGUGUAGAAGAGAGGGAGAUUACUUCCCGGUAAAAGUAGGUCUUAGACAGGGAUGUGUAAUGUCACCAUGGUUGUUUAAUAUAGAUGGGGUUGUAGAAGAAGUAAAUGCUAGGGUGUUUGGGAGAGGGGUGGGAUUAAAUUAUGGGGAAUCAAAUUCAAAAUGGGAAGUGACACAGUUACUUUUUGCUGAUGAUACUGUGCUUAUGGGAGAUUCUAAAGAAAAAUUGCAAAGGUUAGUGGAUGAGUUUGGGAAUGUGUGUAAAGGUAGAAAGUUGAAAGUGAACAUAGAAAAGAGUAAGGUGAUGAGGGUAUCAAAUGAUUUAGAUAAAGAAAAAUUGGAUAUCAAAUUAGGAAGGAGGAGUAUGGAAGAAGUGAAUGUUUUCAGAUACUUGGGAGUUGACGUGUCGGCGGAUGGAUUUAUGAAGGAUGAGGUUAAUCAUAGAAUUGAUGAGGGAAAAAAGGUGAGUGGUGCGUUGAGGUAUAUGUGGAGUCAAAAAACGCUAUCUAUGGAGGCAAAUAAGGGAAUGUAUGAAAGUAUAGUGGUACCAACACUCUUAUAUGGAUGUGAAGCUUGGGUGGUAAAUGCAGCAGCGAGGAGACGGUUGGAGGCAGUGGAGAUGUCCUGUCUAAGGGCAAUGUGUGGUGUAAAUAUUAUGCAGAAAAUUCGGAGUGUGGAAAUUAGGAGAAGGUGUGGAGUUAAUAAAAGCAUUAGUCAGAGGGCAGAAGAGGGGUUGUUGAGGUGGUUUGGUCAUUUAGAGAGAAUGGAUCAAAGUAGAAUGACAUGGAAAGCAUAUAAAUCUAUUGGGAAAGGAAGGAGGGGUAGGGGUCGUCCUCGAAAGGGUUGGAGAGAGGGGGUAGAGGAGGUUUUGUGGGCGAGGGGCUUGGACUUCCAGCAAGCGUGCGUGAGCGUGUUAAAUAGGAGUGAAUGGAGACGAAUGAUACUUGGGACCUGACGAUCUGUUGGAGUGUGAGCAGGGUAAUAUUUGGUGAAGGGAUUCAGGGAAACCGGUUAUUUUCAUAUAGUCGGACUUGAGUCCUGGAAAUGGGAAGUACAAUGCCUGCACUUUGAAGGAGGGGUUUGGGAUAUUGGCAGUUUGGAGGGAUAUAUUGUGUAUCUUUAUACAUAUAUGCUUCUAAACUGUUGUAUUCUGAGCACCUCUGCAAAAGCAGUGAUAAUGUGUGAGUGUGGUGAAAGUGUUGAAUGAUGAUGAAAGUAUUUUCUUUUUGGGGAUUUUCUUUCUUUUUUGGGUCACCCUGCCUCGGUGGGAGACGGCCGACUUGUUGAAAAAAAAAAUAAAAUAAAGUAAGAAAAGAAUGUAAAAGUAAAGAUCUAGGUAAAUUUAUUGUACUAUAGACAAAAAAAAAUGCUAAUUAAAUAAAGUGAGUUCUUGUGAGAUGCUCUAGUUUAUUACUUAUAUAUUUAGUAAACAUAGCUGUAACUGGCUGAGGAAGGGAAGGGGAGGAGAUUGAAUGUUGAAUUAUUUAAUGAAAUACUGUACCCUUACUGUUGAUCAGUACUUGAUAUAAUUCAUCACUCACUCCAGACUUUUACUGUCUUGUUCAUAAUCCUUUUGUUAUAAUAUUUGGUAGCUGGUUUAGUUGCAUUCACAUUUUAUUUGGCUCUGUUAUAAAGCUCCCUUACAGUGUCAUUGUUUGCAAAUGUGUUGAAAAUGUUCUUCAAAAAUUAAAAAUCAUGUACUAUAAAGGCCUUUCCAUGUGCUAUUCAAUUUUGUAUGCACCUUUUCAAUCUCAUUACAAAAAAAAUUGCUCCAUAUAGCAGUUUUAUGAGAAAGCUGAUUUUUUUUUUUUUUAACACUGGCUGUCUCCAGCUGAGGCAGGGGGACCCAAAUAAAGAAGAAACGAAAGUUUUUCUCCUUGUUGCAUUUAGUAAUUUAUACAGGAGAAGGGUUUACUAGCCCCUUGCUCCUGGCAUUUUAGUUGCCUCUUACAGCAUGCAUGGCUUACUGAGGAAGGAUUCUUCUUCACUUUCUCAUAGAGAAAGAAAGCUGAUUGUACUAGGUAAAAUAAUGCAAGUUAUUUUUGUGACAGUUUAUAUACUAGAAAAGGCAUAUGAUAAGAUGGAUAAGAAAGCAGUGUGGCAGAUGUUGCAUACGUGGUCAGUUACUAAAAUCAGAGUUUUUCAUUUGGAUAGCGAGGCUCAGAUUAAGGUAUGUAGAAAAGAUGGAGAUUAUUUUCAGUAAAACUAGACUUUAAACAUGGAUGUGUUGUGUCACCAUGGUUGUUUAAUAUAUUUAUGGACACAGUUGUAAAAGAAGUGGAGAGAGGUGUGGCAUUAAGAAACAACAAAUCUAAUAUAAAGUGGGAGUUAUCACACACUUUUUCUGACGACACUGUGCUUUUUGGAGAUUCUGAAUAGAAGUUUCAAAAGUUGUAGAUGAAUUUGGGAGGGUAUGUAAAAGUGAACAUGGGAAAGAGCAAGGUGAUGAGAGUAACAAAAACUAGGCACUUAAAGUUUAGGCAUCAGAUUGGAGGGAGGGAGUAUGGAGGAAAUAACUGUAUGUAUUCAGAGGGGUUUGGGAUAUUGGCAGUUUGGAGGGAUAUGUUGUGUAUCUUUAUACGUAUAUGUUUCUAAACUGUUGUAUUCUGAGCACCUCUGCAAAAACAGUGAUUAUGUGUGAGUGUGGUGAAAGUGUUGAAUGAUGAUGAAAGCAUUUUCUUUUUGGGGAUUUUCUUUCUUUUUUGGGUCACCCUGCCUCGGUGGGAGACGGCCAACUUGUUGGAAAAAAAAAAAAAUUCAGAUAUUUUGGAGUGUACUUGUCAGUGGAGGGAGGUCUAUAACCGAUAAGGUGAACAACAGUGGUGCAUUGAACAGGCUCGGUUCCAAGUGGUCAUUCAUAAGUCCAUUUGUUUGUAAGUCCAACAUAUGUAUGUAUACAAUAUUGUACAGUAGUGUAGUAUAUGUACACAUAAACAGUGAGUAACCUGGAAGUGUACAUUGUUUAAACAUGCAUGAACACAGGAAAAAUACAAAAAUACAUUAUGUCCACUUUUAUUUCCAGUGUGACGGCCUGGUGCUUCUUAACACAACCACCUGCAUCACCACUGCUUUUGUGCUUAACACCAGACAUAUUGGGGGUAUAAUGAUGCUUCUAGAGUAACCUACUAUGUAUUGCUUACAUCUCAGCACUUCCCACAAAUUGUUCGUAUUAUCAAAAGUUUGCAGCACGAAUGUUACUAUGUAGGGAAGUCACUGUAUCUGUGGAGACAAAGGAGUGAGGAGGAGGCUAGAUGCAGUGGAGAUGUUAUGUUUGAGUGCGGUAGGUGGUGUGAAUAUUAUACAGAAGAUGUUGAGUUGCCAAAAGUGUAAUUUACAGGGCUGAGGAGGAGUUGUUCGGGUGGUUUGAUUCAACCCUGCAUAACCCAUGAGGCUAAAUAGAGUAGGAAAAAUAUGUGGGAAGUAGCCAUUCCUGUAGGUACCCCUAUCCUAUCUCUCUAGGUUGUCCAGUAUAGUAGGUCCCUUACUGACGACCCUGUGCAUUGAUGAAAGUUGUUCAUAACUGGAAUAUUUGGAAUUCGUAACCUAUUUUCCCACAGGCUUGCACGUGGAACAGGUUUGUGUGAACAUGUUAGAUAUGGGACAGUAGAGGCAAGUGGUUUUUAUGAUCUGAGGUGCUGUUGGAGUGUGAGCAAAAUAAAAUUAAUGAAGGAAUUCAGGGAACCCAUCAGCCAGACUAGAGUCCCUACCCCACUGAAGGAGGGGUUGGGGAUGUUGCAGUUUGGAGAGACAUCUGAGCUGUGGUGUCAUCUGGCAAGACAGUGAUUGAGCAAGUGACAGUGCAAGUCUUUUCUUUGCUAAGUUACCUUGUCUCACAUGGAAGAUGGACAGUGUUAAAAACAUGCAUUAUCAAGCAUAGUACAGGGGAUCAAGAGCCUCGCGAAUGUUUGGUGCCCCAGUAUAUUGUAGGGAAAUAUAAUACAAUACUGCUUCCUUAACCUAUUGAACCACGAACAGUCAUAAAACAGAUGAAAACAUCGUAAAAUAUUGUACUAGUGCCAGUCCUUUGGUAAAGAAGGUGAAAAAGACUAUAGAAUUCAAGAAAGAACUCAUAGCAGAGUACCAAAGUGGUGGAGGAAGAGAGAGGGGAGAAUGUGCCUUCUUUAGUGAAGUGAUUCAGUGAUUCUACGAUAUAUACGAUACUUAAGCAGCAUGAAUUGAUAAAGGCUAUAGUGCCAGCCAGCGAUAAAGUGUAGCAAGUAAGUUAAGCGAUUAAUCGAUAGAAAAAGGACAGCACGAACCUAACUCCUCCAAUGUUGUUGGAGUUAUAUAGGACAACUGAAAACACCGCCAUCUCUACCGCCUGUGCUGGCCUACACCACCAUAUGUACAGCUUAUGCUCUAAGUGGCCUUUAUACACCCAAUAACAACAACAGAGCAACAUUCAUGACAUACUUAAUGAUGUAUUUUAUUCGUUCUAGAGUAUAUGUCAUGUUUCUAUGUUAUUAACCCUUUGAGGGUUUCGGACGUACUAGUACGUCUUACGCGCAGGGGUUUUUGACGUACUAGUACGCACAAAUUCUAGCGCCGUCAAAUCUCGCGGAAAAAGGCUGGUAGGCCUACAUGUGAUAGACUGGGUCUGUGUGGUCGGUGUGCACGGUAGAAAAAAAAUCUGGGACCCAGUGGUGCAUUGUGGGAACGCCAUCUUAGUAAACAAUAUCCACCAUGCCUCGCAGUAAGAAGCUCCUCACUCCUCGGCGAAUUGGGACACUUUUGUUCCCCAUUGACAGUUCUAAUACAGAUGGAAGUGCCAGUGAAGAUGAGUUUCAAGGUUUUGUUGAGGUUUUGACCGAAACUAAUGACCAUAAUAUCGGUAAUAGUGAGGAAAACCCAGAUGACCCUCAGCCUUCCACCUCUGGUGCUGGGCCGUCUUGUUCACGUUCAGUUGUACCAGAAUCCAAGAGGAAACUUCUAUUUUCCCAAAUCCCAGACUCAGAUGAGAGCAUGGGUGAUGAUAGUGAUAGUGAAUAUGAACUACAAGCUCUUCAAACUAGCUCCAGUAGUGAUAGUGAAGUGCAAUAUUCCCCCAUGAAGCAUCAGUAUAUACGACGAUAUAUGUGCUCUGGUAGUGUGCCAUAUGCUAUUCCAAGGGGAAGGAGUGCAUCUCGGAGUACAUCCCGUGGCUGUACAACAGGAACAGAGAGUGAAAAUGACGAUGAUACUGUUGCAAUUGGGAUGGAAAAUGUGCGUGGUGGUAGUGGUGCCGGCGGUGAGGCACCAGCAGUGGGCCACGCUGCCACCCACGCCGCUGCCUCAGCUGAUCUACAACAAAGGCCACCAUCCCCCACCCACCCACCACACCAGCCUCCACAACCACAACCUCCACAACCACAACCUCCACAACCACAACCUCCACAACCACAACCACCUGUCAUUGUCCAGUACCCACCAGCAGACCGCACCUGGGAUUGGCAGGAAGCUGUCAAUUUUGUUUCAAAUGCCCACCAGUUUGAUGACAGCCAAAGUGGAAUACAGCCAUCUUGUACACUUGGGAACAAUGCCACUGAACUGGAAUGUUUCGAGUUAUUCUUUGACGAACCACUGAUGGAAAGUAUUGUCAUGGAAAGCAACACAUACUACGAGUACACCAUGGCAAACACAUUACUUUCACCAAAAUCACGUCUACACCAGUGGAAGGUGGCAACUGUGGCUGAGAUGUAUCUUUUCUUUGCCACAAUAAUGCUUAUGCCACAUGUGUAUAAGCACAAAGUGAAAUCAUACUGGUCAACAGACCGCCUGAUUGCAACCCCAGGUUUCAGUGAUAUAAUGCCAGUGAAUCGAUUUGUGCUAAUGUUACGUAUGCUUCACUUCUCAGACAAACCCAGGCCUGACAGAAACGACAGGUUAUAUAAGAUUAGGAAUGUGUUUGUGCAUCUGAAAGAGAAAUUCAGUACGCAUUUUUAUCCCUUCAGGAAGCUUGUAAUUGACGAGUCUUUGAUUCUGUUCAAAGGAAGACUUUCUUUCAAGCAGUACAUACCAAGCAAGAGGAAACGCUUUGGUAUAAAGUUGUUUGUGCUUUGUGAUUGUUACAGUGGUCUGGUAUUGGAUAUUAUUGUGUAUACUGGAAGUUAUACAUUGCAAAAUACCAGGAAGUUAUUGGGCAUCUCAGGUGAUGUGGUUAGAACAAUGAUAGAACCAUACCUUGGUAAGGGGCAUAUAUUAUAUGCAGAUAACUGGUACACAAGCCCCUCACUCAUUGAUUUUUUGCGAGUGAACAUGACAGAUGUGUGUGGCACAGUGCGUGCAAAUCGGAAACAUAUGCCCAGGUUUGACGCUGGCACUCAUAGAGGUGAGGUGCAGGCAUUUGCUGCCAAUGACAUCAUGGCAUUUCGGUGGCAUGACAAACGAGAUGUCACACUGCUGUCAUCAGUUCACCCUAAUGAAAUGGCAGACAGUGGCAGGCAGCAUAGAGAGAGCAAUGAACCCAUUCUAAAACCUGCAGCUGUUAUUGAUUACACCUUCAACAUGCGUUCAGUGGACAAAUGUGACAUGCAGAUUGGGCUUGCUGAUUGUGUUCGCAAGAGUUAUAAGUGGUACAUAAAACUCUUUUUCCAUCUUCUGGACAUUUCCAUGCUCAAUGCCUAUAAUAUGUAUAAGAUGAGGACCAGAAACAAACCACAGUACGGCGAAUUCUGUUUGUCUGUCAUCAGACAAAGAGUAUUCAAGUACCAAGGAACAGCACCUGCAAUUGACCGCCCACCAAAUUAUCAACAACUACCUGCUUGUCUGAAGCAUGGUGAUCACUUCCUGGUAAAAGUGCCUGCUACUGCUUUCAAGAAAAAGGCUCAGAAGAGGUGUUACGUCUGUUCACAUACAAAAAAAACGCCCACAACAACGCAGAGACACUCGUUUUAUGUGUGAGGAAUGUAACACACCACUGUGCAUGACACCAUAUUUCAAAGAGUUUCACAGGCUGCAGAACUUCUAGAAACAUUCCCUGUGACUAUAUGUGUAUAUAAAAUAUAGAAAAAUAGUAAUAAACAACAUUUCAUAUCGUUUGUGUAAAUAUUUUCUAUAAACAAAAUAAUGACAAAAGUGUUUACGCCCCUAUUGUGUAGUAUUGAAAAAGAAAUAACUUACAAAAUACUGAUCAUGUUGGCCUCAGAGGCCAUAAAAGUUACUCAGAAAAAGAAAAAUUGAAAAAUAAUUGAAAAUAGUACAUAAAAAAGUAAAUAGAAAAAUACCGGGUGACGGCAGUCGGCGAUGUUACCAGAUGUUGUUCAAUUUUGGCAAACUUCACGCCUCCAUAUCUCGGUAAAUAUUGACGGUAAAAUUUUUUUGUUUAGCCUAUAAUGUUUAGAAAAAAAAAAACUUUUUUCAUAAGAAAAAAUAAUUUUUUUUUUUUUUUUGAAAUUUGGCUGACCCUGAGAACGAGUUUCGGAGAGGGCCUGUCGACCCUCAAAGGGUUAAUAUUGUUUAUUAUGUCAAAUGAAUUGUGAUAGAUCAAUAAGCCGUAGAGUUAAUAUUAGUGUCAUAUUGAAGGACUAUCUUGUCCUAUCUUCAAACAAACUCUGCCACUGCCACAAUCCCUAACAUACGUAAUGACAUACUUUAAAUAUGAUUGGGCGGCUGGGAAUUCGCGAAUGUUUGAAGCCUGCGAAAGUGGAAAACGCGAAUGUUAAGGGAGACCUGUACACUAACUUGUAAUAAAUUUCUCCUUUGAUAAUGUGUGUAAUUAUAUCAGUGCUCAGCCUUAAUACCAGAUAAAAAUUACCAUAGUAACUCUUUCUGACUGAUCGGAAGUAGGGAAUAUGGAGGACCUAGAAGUAUUUGGACCUUUGGCAGACAUGUCAGCAGAUGGGUCUACAAGAAAUGAAGUGAAUUAUUGAAUAGAUGGGGGGAAAAAUGUGAGUGGUGUUUUGAAAAAUUUGUGGAAAUAGGUUAAUCUAUGGAGGCAAAAAAAGGGACUGUACCAGAGUAUAUGGGUAUGAAACGUGGGUUUUGAAUGCUGCAGGAAAACGAGGGUAGAGGCAGUGGAGAUAUCAUGUGCGAGGGCAAUGUGAGAUGUGAAUAUCAUGCAGAGAAUUCAGAGUGUAGAAAAUACAAGGAGAUGGAGGAUUGCCAAGGGUAUAAUUCAGAGGUCUAAAGAAGGGUAGUUGUGGUUUGGCCAUGUAGAUAGAGGAUGGAAAGGAAUAGGUUAAAGAUAGUGCAUAAGUCUUGGGUGGAAGGUAGUAAGGGAAGGGGUCAUCCCAGGAAUGGGAGAGGUAGAGAGUAAAAAAAAAAAAAAAAAAAAAAAAAAAA